AUGCGUGCCUUCUACCUCCUCGCCCUCGCGGCGACACUUGCCCAGGCGAGUAUCCAGGAGCACUUUACGGCGCCCAAGGACCUCGACUCGUGGUCGACAGACAAGCUCCAAGACUACCUCUCCGACUAUGGUCUGACGAGCCCGGCCACGACGCACAAGCAGCUCCUGCAGCUCGCCAAGGCCAAGAACGACCAGCUCGCCAAAGCUGCCGCCUCUGCCCAAGACGCCGUCACGUCUGCUGCGUCGUCGGCGGCCUCGGAGGCGUCGUCGGCCACCUAUGCCCUGUCCCACAAGCUCAACGACGCCACCGACUACAUCUUCAGCGUGUGGGAGGACUCUGACCUCGCCGAGUGGCUCGAGGCCCACGGCAUCAAGGACAAGCCGGCCUCGCGCAAUGGCCUCCUCGCGGCCGUCCGUGAAGACUACGUCACGACGGUCGACCACAUCUAUGACGGCUGGACCGACAGCACGAUCGGCAAGUGGCUCGCGGACCACGGCGUCACGCCCAAGGACCCCAAGCGCAAGGACCUCCUCGAGCAGAUGCAGGACCACUUUUACACCGCCGAGGACAAGGUGUACAGCGCCUGGGAUGACGCCAAGAUUCGUGCAUGGCUCGCGGAGAACGACGCCCACACCGCCAUCACAAAUGCCCAGGAUGCCACGCGCGACAAGCUCACAGAGGCCAUGGACAAGGCGUACACCACGGCAGACAGCGUGCGCUGGAGCUCGUGGACCGACACCGAGAUCAAGGACUGGCUCAAGGACCACAACUUUGGAAAGGGUGUAGCCUGGGACGACCGCUCGCAGCUCGAAAAGCUCAUGGACCAGCACUACACGGUGCAGGACUGGCUUGCGUGGCCCGACUCGCGCCUCCGUGCCUACCUCCGCCAGAACGGUGUCAAGGACCCCUCGACGAAACGCGACGAGCUCCUCCGCACCAUGCGCAGCUACGCGCCGACCACCUCGGGCCUCGAGUCUGUCGUCCAGAACCUCAAGAACCUGAACAUUGCCGGCGUGGCCGGUGGCGUGUUUGCGUCGCUCAACCAAGGUGCCGAGUUUGUCCAGCAGCAGGCGGCGGGUAUCCUCCAGUCGUUCAACAAGCUCAACCCAGAGGAAGCGCUGUCUCGCGGUGUCGCCUCGGUGUCGUCUGCGCUCGUCGCCGCCACCAGCAAGGCCGACAAGGCCGCCUCGAGCCUCUCCGCUUCGGCCACCAAGGCCUACUCGUCCCUCUCGGCCAGCGGCAGCUCUGCCGCAGACGCAGCCGCGACCUCGGCGUCCAAGUCGGCCGCGAGCGUAUCUGCGUCGCUCGCAAGUGCCGCUGCCGUGGCCAGCGAGAACGCCAAGAAGACCCCCGGCGUCGCAUCGCUGUCGUCGGCCAGCGUCGCGGCCAGCAAGAGUGCCCAGACGGGCGCCAGCUCUGCCAGUGUCGCCGCUGCGUCCGCGGCCAGCGCGGCGUCCAAGUCGGCGUCGUCGGCCGCCGUCCAGGCGUCCAAGAGCGUGCACGCCGGCGCGUCGACCAUCUCAGCCGCGGCCGUCGCGAGCGCGAGCUCGGCGUCGGCGUGGGCGUCCAACGCUAGCAAGUCGCUGUCGAGCGUCUACUCGGCCGCAUCGGCCAGUGCGUCCAGCCUCUCGAGCGUGGCCAGCAAGAGCCCCAGUUCCGCCAGCAAGGCCGCCUCGCAGGCGGCGAAGAGUGCCAAGAACGAGCUCUAA